GCUUUUUCUGCGCUCCCCUUGGAGGAUUUCCAGUCUGUGUCUCUUCAAAGUCUCUCUUCAAACUUUCUCUUCCAGAGGAGGCGACGUCAAACAGCCUCGUGUUUGCCCUGCACCAGACCUGACCCACAGGUACUGACCACUGCCAAACACGCCCCGGGUUCCUUGCUCCUGCGUGGCGUCCUCUGAACCCGUGGCUGUUGCUCAGCAGAUGGCGGGAGUCUGACGCAGCCGGUCCGGUCACAUGAUGAUGGCGGUGGGCCGCCCCGUCGCCAUGAGCUUGAUGGACGUCUCCAAGAUCUUCUCGCUGCUGCAGCCCAGGGACGGGGAGGAGGAACCCAGCCAGGCCCUCAACGGCGCCGUCAGCACGGACGACGUGGCGCUGCUGUCAGAGCUGCUGUCUCAGGAGGAAUACAGGAGGUGCAUCAACGCCCGCAGCGGCUGGGGGGUCCCCGUCACCCCCCUGAGGACAGCUGCGGCCCUGGGACACCUGCGGUGUCUGGAGCUGCUGCUGCAGCACGGAGCUGAGGUGGACAGCCUGGACGUGAAGGCCCAGACCCCUCUGUUCACGGCGGUCAGCGGGAAGCACCUGGACUGUGUGACGGCCCUGCUGAGGGCCGGCGCCGACCCCAACGGCAGCCCGCACAACAACUGCUCCCCGGUGCUGACCGCCGCCCGCGAGGGCGACCUGGACAUCCUGCGCGAGCUGCUGAGGUCCGGGGCCGAGGUGGACGUGCGGCCCAAGGUCCCGGACUGGGCCUCCAGCGCCACGGCCUGCCGGGGCCCGCUGUACAUCUCCGCCGUCUACGGACACCUGGACUGCUUCAAGCUGCUGCUGCUGCACGGCGCCAACCCGGACUUCAACUGCAGCCAGCCCAAGAUGCUGGCCCGGAUCAAGCAGCCCAAGAGCGUCCUGGAGGUCUGCCUGCGCUAUGGCUGCGGCGCGGACUACAUCCAGCUGCUGCUGGACUUUGGCGCCGACGUCUACCUGCCCGCCCUCACCAUGGACACGGCCUCCGAGCAGAGCGCAGCCCUGGCGCUGCUGCUGCAGGAGAGAGUGUGUCCCAGAACUCUGAUGUCCCAGGCGCGGCUGGCCAUCAGGCGCCUCAUCCCCUCCACUGACAAGGAGGCCGCCAUCGACUCUCUGGACGUUCCUCUGGUCCUCCGCAGCUUCCUCAAACACGCCAGCAGGGGGCUGCUCUGACGUCAGCGCGCGAUCCCGGGGCUGACCACCAGGGGGCGGCAGAGUCACGCCGCAGGUGGAGCUCCCGGACGCAUGUUGAUGACGUCAGACGCCGUCGUCGCCCGGAGGAGCCUGGUUUAUUUCCGUUCUUCUUAUGUUUAUUUAUUGUCUGUCAGAGGAGCUUCACCGGCGCGUGCGCGUGAUUUGUGUGAGACACUCGACCACGGAGAGGUCACGUGAUCCACGUCCUGUUUUUAAUCUUUUCAUACACUGAGUUGGACUUCAUUUGUGUCUUGAUUUGAAAAACGUUUUUAUUCAAAACAUCUCGUGUUGUGGAGCUUUUCAUUGCACCUGUCGGGAACGUGUUUAUCUGACGAUUGAAGGUGACUGAUGCGUGUAUCAGCCUUGUGGUGUCUCUUCUCUGAAGUGCUGCAGGUCCUGGAACAGCCACCGUGUCACCGGCUCAUAUGUCUCACACAUGAAGGCUGCUGUGCUUAGCUUUUGAAUACUUUUAUAUUUGUACUGUAUUCAUGUUCCUUCUUUCAUGAGAAUCUCCCAAAUGACUUGGUGUCCUCCUAAAUAUCAAAAAUGUUCUGUAUAGUUUUCACUAUUUAUUUUUCACAGUUCAGAUUUAAUGACUGAACUAUUGCUCAGACUCGACAUGUUCACCGUCAAUGAUGAUUUUCCUGAUGCCCCUCUAUCUUUUUUAUCAGUUCCCUGAAUCAUAACUAAUAAGUUAUAAUGAUGAAUAAAAAAACACAAUACAUGGAAUAAUAAAUACAACAACAGCAAAAAAUAAAAAUAAAAAAAUAAACACAUAGAAAUAAAAUGGUAAAUAAAUAACAUUUUAAAUAAAAAUGUAUUUAAGAUUUAAUUAACUGGAUAUUAACAUUCGCAUUGGCCACUGGUUGUUUUAUAUGUCUUCGAUGGUGCAAUUAAAUAAUAAAAAAAGAAAAAAAGAAAAUAUGACAACAAUGAUAGCAAUAGUAAUAUAUAAAUAAAUAUAUAUGUAUAUAUAUGAUGGUAUCAUUCAUUUACAAAAUGUAAAAAAAUAAAUAAUAAUAUAAAUAUUUAUACAGAUAUAAUUUUUGUUUUCUCUUUUUUUUUUCUUUUCAAUUGUCUCGAAUGUUGGCAGAUACGUUUUUUUGCGAUGCGGGUUAAAAUGAAAUAUUGUAUUGGGUUUUUUUUUUUCUUCAGUCUCGAGUGUCACCUCAGACAUGCAUCAGCUACUGGUUAUUUAAUGUCUAUGAUGGUAUCAUUCAUUCACAAAAUGUAAAAAAAAUAAAUAAAAAAUUCUAAUAAUGACACAUUUUUACACAUAUAUAUAUAUAUAUAUAUAUAUUUGUUUUCAAUU